CUAUAAAAGCCUGAGUUUCCUCCCUGACCCUCUGCUCUGCUGAUCUGGAGACCCCACCGUCCAACAUGAAGCCUCUCCUCCUUGUGGCGCUGCUCGGAUACCUCGCCACCGUGUUCGCGGCUGACCAGGUGAAAUGGUGCGUCACGUCGGAAGCAGAACUUCGGAAAUGUACUGACCUUAGCGCCAAAGCCCCUGUUUUCUCCUGCGUGAGAAAAGAAAACAACCUUGCGUGCAUCGUUGCAAUCAAGGCUGGAGAGGCAGAUGCCAUCACUUUGGAUGGAGGGGACCUUUACAUUGCUGGACUGAUUAACUACGACCUGCAUCCCAUUAUUGCUGAGCACUACGGACCUUCUUCAGAAGCCUGUUACUACGCUGUUGCCGUGGUGAAGAAGGGCACAGGAUUUGGCAUCAAUGAGCUCAAGGGGAAGAAAUCCUGCCACACUGGGAUAUGGAAAUCUGCAGGCUGGGUCCUUCCCGUAGGAACUCUGGUGUCCAUGGAUAUAAUUCAGUGGAAAGGCAUCGAAGACAAACCUGUGGAGGAGGCUGUAAGUGACUUCUUCGUGGCCAGCUGUGUUCCAGGGGCAACAAGGGGCUCCAAACUGUGUCAGCUGUGUAAGGGAGACUGUUCCAAGUCCCCCAAUGAGCCCUACAAUGACUACGAAGGAGCUUUCCUGUGUCUGAAAGAGGAUGCUGGUCAAGUGGCAUUUGUGAAGCACCUCACUGUACCAGAUGCUGAAAAGAAUGGGUAUGAGCUGCUAUGCCUGGACAACACCAGAGCACCUAUCGACAGCUAUAAAACCUGCCACCUGGCCAGAGUACCAGCUCAUGCUGUUGUCACCCGCAAGGACCCACAGCUGGCUGAAUUAAUCUGGAACAGCCUCAGCUCAGUUCAGGGCUUUAGCCUCUUCUCCUCUGAAAGCUAUGGAGUGAAGAACCUGUUGUUCAAGGACUCAACACAGAACCUGGUGCGGCUGCCCCCAAACACAGACUCCUUCCUGUAUCUGGGUGCUCAAUACAUGAGUGUUAUGCGUUCCAUUAAGAAAGAACUGACUGGAAGCACUUCACCCAAUACUAUUGAAUGGUGUAAUGUGGGCCACGCUGAGACGGCCAAGUGUGAUGCAUGGAGCGUUAACAGUGUGGAUGAGGAAGGCAACGCCGCAAUUGAAUGCCGCAGUGCCCCCACAGUUGAAGAGUGUCUGAAAAAGAUUAUGCAUAAAGAGGCUGAUGCAAUGGCAAUAGAUGGAGGACAGGUGUACACAGCUGGGAAAUGUGGCCUGGUUCCUGUUAUGAUGGAGCAGUAUGAAGCUGGCGGGUGCAGCAACAGUAAUGUCAGGACAGCUUCUUACUAUGCUGUCGCCGUGGUAAAGAAGGAGUCUGGACUGACCUGGGAAACCCUGAAGGGCAAAAAGUCUUGCCACACAGGUGUUGGCAGAACAGCUGGUUGGAACAUCCCCAUGGGUUUCAUCCACAAACAGACUAAUGACUGUGACUUCACUAAGUUCUUCUCUAGCGGCUGUGCCCCUGGAUCAGACCCCGCCUCUCCUUUCUGUCGUCAGUGUAUUGGCAGUGGCAAAGCUGUGGGAGAUGAGUCCAAGUGCAAAGCCAAUACUGAUGAGCAGUACUAUGGCUAUGCCGGAGCCUUUAGAUGUCUCGUUGAUGGUGCUGGUGAUGUUGCCUUUGUUAAACAUUCAACACCUGGAGAAAACAGUGAUGGUAAGGGUCCAGACUGGGCUCAAAAUGUGAAAUCUAGUGACUAUGUGCUGAUCUGCCCUGGGAAGGAUCCAGUGCCAGUCAGUGAUUUCGUAUCAUGCAACCUAGCGGUAGUUCCCACACACGCUGUGGUGACUCGGCCAGAGACUCGCAACAAGGUGGUCAACGUUCUCUUGAAACAGCAGGCCUUGUUUGGAUCUGGUGCCAGUGAUUCCUCAUUUAAAAUGUUCCAGUCAGAAGGAGGAAAGAACCUCCUCUUCAAGGACUCCACACUGUGUCUCCAGGAGGUUCCACCUGGAACAAGCUAUGACAAGUUUUUGGAGGAAGGCUACAUGACUGCCAUGAGAUCACUCAGACAGUGCAGUGAAACUGCUCCAGAUCUGGAGAAAAUAUGCACUUCCCAUACCUGUCAGCAACAAGACUAGUGGUGACCAUGGACUAUGCAAUGCCUCAGACAGCUCUCAGCCUUAGCUACAUUUCCCACACUUGACCCAGCAAUUGCAUUGUGUAUUUUCUUACCAGUCUUGUUAUAGAUCUGUUUUUAGAAGAAUUAACAGAUGGACUGCCACAACCUACAAGUCAACUAUUAUGUGACCAGUCCUGUCCACAUGUACAGUAGCUAUUUUCAAUGUGUUUAAACAAACCUAUCCUUCUUAUUACAUUAGCUACUGUAUGUUUUGUUAACAGGUCCCUCACUUUUCCCAAAUAAAGCCUUUUUAAUGCUC